AUGUCAAUUGGAAGGAGAAUUUCGAUUGCCUUUAUUUUAUCAUACUACUUGUUUGUGAAUCCUCCAGCCUAUGCAGACACAGAAAGGGACACAAUUUUGGACGGGCAGCCACUCGAGGACCGGGAGUCCCUCAGUUCAGCAAACAAGGUAUUCAGAUUGAAGUUCUUUAGCCCACGAAACUCAAGUAGGCGGUUCCGGGCAGCCACUCGUGGACCGGGAGUCCCUCAGUUCAGCAAACAAGUGUGGGUGGCCAACCGUGACACUCCAAUUGUUGAUGCAUCAGGGAGUCUUAUGAUUGACAAUGAUGGCAAGUUGAAGAUUACUUCCAGUAGAGGCGAUGUACCCAGUGUUUUUAAUUCAGUCCACGGAACCAAUAGAUCAUUUGCCAUUGGUGGAGACCCAAAUGGCACAAACCAAAAUGUAGUAUGGUAUCAGGGAAAUGUGUAUUGGACUAGUGUGAAUUGGAGCAACGGACAUUUUGGCAAUCUUCCCAAAUUACUUGAUGGUGAAUUCCGCUACGUUUCAAAUGAGAACGAGAAGUACCUUACAUAUUCAGUAAAUAAGAAUAUCUCUUUCCUUUAUUUCAGAAUAGAUCCAGUUGGUGUCAUGAUGGGAAUAGUAUUAGGAUCCUUUGGUGAUUGUUCUCUUGCGAAACAGGACGAGGGAUGUGUGAAAAAGACAUUGCCUGAGUGUAGGAAGCCUGAUUAUUGGUUUGAGAGUAGGGCAGGUUACAUGCUUGGUGAUGGUUACAGAUACGGUGAAAACUACAACCUGAGCAUCUUUGAUUGUCAGGACAAGUGUGAGCAGAAUUGUUCUUGUGUUGCUUAUGCUUCUCGCACCACCCUAUAUGGAACUGGUUGUGAGAUUUGGAGUAAAGAAACUAACUUCUACCCAUCAGGAUAUGCAGACAGGGAGAUUUACAUUCUUAAAAGGGAUACAGGGAGAGAAUCCACCAAUGAUCAUGGGAAGCACGGAUCGGCAGCUGGGCACUGGUGGGUAUGGCUCAUUACUGCAUUGGGUGGGACAAUAUUACUGGCAUUCAGCAUAAUUUGCUAUGUUGUACAGCGAAACCUCCGAGUAAAAGUGAAAACAAGAACAUUGCUAGAUGAGCUGGAAGUUUCUAUCACAGCUUCAGGCAAAUACGGCCAACCCAGUGAUGAAAUGGAUAAGAUGACCCAAGUGAAUUUUUUCAGCUUUGAGAGCAUUGCCAUGGCCACAAAUAAUUUCUCAUAUGAAAAUAAGCUUGGAGAGGGGGGGUUUGGACCUGUUUUUAAGGGAGAAUUACCUGGUGGACAAGAGAUAGCUAUAAAAAAACUUUCGCAAAGGGAAGAAAAAAUUUUAGUAUACGAGUACAUGCCUAAUAAAAGCCUAGAUUUUUUCCUCUUUGAUUCGAGCAGAAGAGAAUUACUUAAUUGGACUGACAGAAUGAACAUUAUAGAAGGAAUUGCUCAAGGACUACUCUACCUCCACAAAAUCUUUGGGGUGCAACAAACUGAAGCAAACACCAAAAGAAUCGUCGGAACAUACGGAUACAUGUCUCCUGAGUACGCCAUGAAAGGCAUUGUGUCAAUGAAGUCCGAUGUAUUUAGUUUUGGUGUUUUACUGCUUGAAAUUGUGAGUGGCAAGAGAAAUUAUAGCCGCUACCCAUCGGAGCACCCGUUCAACCUCAUAGGAUUUGCAUGGGAGCUUUGGAUGGAAAAAAGAGUUCUAGAGCUAAUGGAUUCAAGAUUGGAUGAUUCGAGCUCAAAGAAUAAAAUCGUAAGAUGUAUUAAUGUGGGUCUGUUAUGCGUUCAAGACCAGGCCAAAGACAGGCCCUCCAUGACAGAAGUGGUUUCUAUGCUUACAAACGACAGUGCACGCGUGCCGGUACCAAAACAACCAGCAUUCUUCAUUGAGAGCGGUGCACGAGAAGGGGAACUUGAAACCAACUUAGUAAAUAAUUGCACCAAUGUAAUGUCAAUUACAGUGAUGGAAGCUAGAUAA